AUGGAAAACAACCUGAGUGCGAUCGACAACGGCCCUACGCUUAAGGAAUCGCUUGAAACCGUCUCGCGAAGCGGUGAUAUCUGUGUCGAAAAGAACGGUGAAUACAUAAUCGACGAUGUAGAGCGUCUUACCUUAGAAUGCAAGGCGGUGCUCGGUAGAGGCGGAGAUGCCGUUGUCGAAAAGGUGCAACACAGAAUUACGAAAGCGAUCUUUGCAAAGAAAGUAAUCCAGUUCCCUCACAAGAAGGCCAAAGGCAGAGAUCAGGCGAAAGGACGAUAUUACAAUGAGGUUGCAAUCAUUCGGAAGCUCAAAGCUCAUCCCCACAUGAUUGAGCUAUUUGCUACAUACAUGACAGCCCAAUCAGGUGGCUUAAUUCUAUCUCCAGCUGCAGACCAAGGCGAUUUGAAACAAUACCUCGAAAACUACGUGGAUGCGCUCGAUGAUUCCACGACAGCGCCUCUCGUUAUAGCUAGGAUGACUACUGUCCUGGAGAAGACCUUUGGAUGCUUGUCAAGUGGUCUCGCGUAUAUGCACGCAAUGGGUAUCCGUCAUAAAGAUAUUAAGCCGGCUAAUAUCUUGAUUCACAAAGGAGUGGUUGUCUACACUGACUUCGGCGCAUCGAAAGACACCCUGGAAGAGAGAGAAUGUACAACAGAAGGAAGACCUGACUUCUUGACAAGAAAGUACUCUGCGCCUGAGGUACUCGAGUACGAGAAGAGGAACUUUGCUGCAGAUGUAUUCUCUCUGGGUUGCGUCUUUGUUGAGGUACUUCUACGCUUAUGUGGCUUGACAGAACAUGAGGACUUGAAGGCUGAGGGCUACUCAGGCAUUAUGGAUGCGCUCCAUACUCUUCUUCCGCCCGCAGGAAUUCCAUCAAACCUUUCAUGUCUUCGGGCGAUCAUCAUCGCAAUGACAGCAAGGGAAGCGAAGAGUCGUCCCGAUUCAACAAAUAUCACAACAGAAAUCUGUUCCCAUGAUGGCUUGUCGUGCUUACAAUGCCAUUUGACCAAGGACCAAGUAGAGCCACUGCAGUUACAGCCAUCAGCUCCAGGACCUCCUGCUCCAGAAUCACCAGUUCCAGAAUCACCAGCUCCAGAAUCACCAGCUCCAGAAUCACCAGCUCCAGAAUCACCAGCUCUAGAACCCCCAACUCUAGAAAUCUCAACUCUAGGAUCGCCAAGUUCAGGACCAUCAACUCCAGAUUCACUAGUCCUAGAAUCAUCCGAAUCAGAAUCGCCAGAAUCACCAGGACUACAGCCACAACCACGACAACCAGAACUUCAACAGCCACAAGCUUCACAACUGCAACCUCCCCAGUCACUGGCUCUACAACCACAGCCUCAAACUCAACAGCCAACACAUAACGCACAAGCGAAAGCUUCUCAACUACAAAUCUCACAGCCACAGCAGGUAUUGCCACAGCAAUCAGAUCCAUAUACGUCACAACCUGCAUGGAAUCCGCACUUCCAGAGGCCCAUAUUCACCUACGAGGAUCAAGGGACGAAAAAGCCUGGCGUCUCUCCGGAUGAUCACGCUAUCGCUUACUCAGACGGAUACAGUCCUCAAUUACUACCAGACGAGGCCAACCUCACUAAAGACCCUAUUUGCAUUGUUAUGACGAAAAGCGAGAAGCCUCUCGCGAUAGCAUCGAGAGUUUGCUUUGGAAUUCACUAUCCGGUCCAAUACAACGUCAAAGUCAAAGACAUUGGUUCAGUACACCAAGACUGGUUGCCGAUCUUGCUUGGCUAUUGGCACUUGGCAAACGACGUCAAGACUCAGCAGUCUAGCAAUGACACCAACGAGGCCGCUCAAGAUGAGUAUCCAUAUGACUCUCCCUUCUGA